AUGCGGCCAGGUGCAGUGCAUCAGCAGCCGGACGAGGAGGAGGACGGUGAGGAGGAGGAGGAGGAUGGCGAGGAAGGGGAGGAACGGGAAGAGGGGGAGGGUGACAGUGAGCAGUACAGCAGGACGAGAAGCAAGGGGCCGGAGGGCGAGGAAAUCUGCAGAGUGCUGGGCGGAGGGGUUGUGCUGGGUUCGCUGGUGCUCGUGUCUGGCAGCCCAGGUGCUGGGAAGAGCACUCUCCUGCUUCAGUUGGCAGGGCUGCUGGCGGAGGAGGCAAGAGGCUCGCUAACAGGAGGCUCCCCGCUGGCUGUGCUUUAUGUGUCGGGGGAAGAGCGCGAGGAGCAGCUGGCCACACGGGCCAAGCGCCUGGGCAUAACUGCAGACAACCUCUUCCUGCUCUCCGAGAACAACCUCGAGAGCAUUCUUGAGGGAAUCACGGAGAUGGAGCCGCGUGCUGUGAUAGUGGACUCCAUUCAAACCAUGCACCUGCCAGGUGUCACCGGCUCAUUGGGCAGCGUCAGCCAGGUGCGGGAGUGCACGCUGCUGCUGCUGCUGGAGGCCAAGAACCGAGGCAUUCCCAUCUUCAUUGUGGGUCAUGUGACUAAAGCGGGGGACGUGGCGGGGCCGAGGGACCUGAAGCACAUAGUGGAUGUGGUGAUGCAUGUGGAGAGUGACAGGCAGGACAGCCACCGCAUCCUGAGCACCAGCAAGAACCGAUUCGGUUCCACUGAUGAGGUGGGCGUGUUUGAAAUGGCAGCACGCGGCAUGGUAGCAGUACCCAACCCCAGCCUCGCCUUCCUCCCUGCUAGCCGCACGCGAGGCAGCGCAGCCGUGGCCGUGGUGAUGCACGGGAGCAGACCUCUGUUGUUGGAAGUGCAGGCCCUAUGCGUAAAAGCCAUCCCCAACAUUCCCCCCACCAAGACCGCCAACGGGGUGGACAUGUAUCGCCUCACCAUCCUCACCAAGAUCAUGCGCCACAUUGGCUUGCCUAUUGGCUCUCGGGAUGUAGUGGUGAAUGUAGUGGGCGGCAUGCAGGUCAAGGAGCCGGCUGCUGACCUCGCCAUUGCUGUCGCCAUAGCCAGCAGUCUGUACGAGAGCCCAGUACCAGCAGACACGGCCUUCAUUGGCGAGAUUGGUCUCAACGGGGAGUUGAGAGGGGUGUCUCAGCUGGAUCGGCGGGUGAAUGAGGUGGCGAAGCUUGGAUUUUCUCGCUGUGUCGUGCCAGCGAAGCAAUGGAAAGGGCAAGCAGCGCCCAAGGGAUGUGAGGUGGUGAAAUGCGAGGGUUUACGAGAUGUGCUGACGGCAGUAGGGAUCCAAAGCACAGGCUAUGGGGGAAAAAGGAAGGCUGAAGAGGAGGAAUUGGAAUUUGAUGAGGAUGACAUACUGCUGCGCUCUCUCCUCGCCCUUUCUCCCAAGCCCCACUUCCCCUUCCCCUUCUUCCCCCUCAUCGUUUCGCUUCUGCGCCGCUUCUUCCGCCAACCCCUGCUUGCGCCGCCAAUGGCGUCCCUCGCCGCACAAAAUCUCUCCCGCGAGCUCGGCGCGCUUUCCGCCCAGCGUUCCGGCGUCGCGAAUCUUCCCGUCAGACGAACCUCUGUUCCUCUAGCGGGUGUGACUAAAACGAAUCGCCGCGUGCGGGCAACGGUGGAUUCCAGCACCAAAUCGCAAGGCACGCCGUCGAGUGCGGUCAGCCGUCGAUCGCUGCUCGCCGUGUCGCUAUCCGCGGCGACUCUGGCGCCGCUCCUGUCGCCGUCUCUCCCUGCGUUUAGUCCGGUAGCCCCAGCGCAUGCGGCUGACGUGGAUCUGACCCCUGCUGAGCUGGAGGCAGCAGUGCGACGAGCAGUGGCGAAGGUGGUAACCAGAGCCAAGGCGCCUGGCGCGCUGAGGAUCGUGUUUCACGACGCGGGGACGUACGACCUGGCGACCAACACAGGUGGCAUGAACGGGUCAGUGCGCUUUGAGUUGAAGCGGCCGGAAAACGACGGGCUCAAGCGAACCAUCAAGGUGCUUGAGAAGGCUCGCCUGGAGCUAGGGCCCCUGGCAAAUGUGGUGUCGUGGGCCGAUCUCAUGGCAGUGGCGGGGGCAUAUGCAGUGGAGUCAUGUGGUGGGCCGCACAUUCCUGUGCGCAUGGGCAGACGCGACGCCAGUGGACCCGACCCUGAGAACUGCAUGCCAGCAGAGACACUGAACGCCAAGGAAGUGGUAGCGAGCUUCAAGUCGAAGGGCUUCAGCCUACAGGAGACGGUGUGUCUACUGGGAGCGCACACACUGGGGGGGAAGGGCUUUGGCGAUGCGACCAGCUUUGACAACGCCUACUACUCCAUUCUGCUUACCAAGCCAUGGCUCGACACGAGGAACAGCAUGGCGGACAUGAUCGGGCUGCCAUCAGACAAGGCCAUUGUGGACGAUGAAGAUUGCCUCGUGUGGAUCAACAAGUACGCCAGCGAUCAGGAUCUCUUCUUCCGGGACUUUGUACCGGCGUACACCAAGAUGGUCAACAGCGGGGCCGUGUGGGCAUGA